AUGAAUUACGUUUUUCUUCAGAUUAAGCACUGGCAAAUUCCACUGAGUCGUCGAUUUCGUUCUUUGAAGCUGUGGUUUGUGAUUCGUUCAUUCGGGGUGAAAAAGCUUCAAGCUCAUGUCCGACAUGGUACUGAAACAGCCAAAUUCUUUGAAUCAUUGGUUAAAAGUGAUCCACUCUUUGAAAUUCCUGCCAAGAGACAUCUUGGACUGGUUGUAUUUCGUUUAAAGGGUCCCAACUGGCUGACAGAAAAACUCCUGAAAGAACUAAGCAGUUCUGGCAGGCUCUUCCUUAUUCCAGCAACCAUUCAUGACAAGUUCAUCAUUCGCUUUACUGUAACGUCUCAGUUCACAACCCGGGAAGAUAUUCUGCAAGACUGGAACAUCAUUCAACACACUGCAGCUCAGAUCGUUAGCCAGAAUUAUGGGUUGCACUGCAUCAAUUCUGGUGAUGGGGCAAGAAUCCCUAAUAUGAUCGUGAAGCCUAGUUCUGAUGCCAUUAGUAGUGCUUCUCAGCUUUAUCUAGAUGGAGGAAAAUACAAAACACCUUCCAGAAAAAUAGUAGUUCAGCCUAAGAAGCUAGAAGCGAGUGCCAGUAUGUGCGUGAUUAGUCAACAAGUGAAAGGUCAAGGGGAUACUCCAGAUGACUGUUUUCCAGAAGAUGUCCAAAAUGUUACCAAACAUAAGUUAACCUCUUUUUUAUUCAGUUAUUUAUCUGUGCAAGGCAAGAAAAAGACAGCACGUUCCCUUAGCUGCAACAGUGUGCCAAUGACUGGUGGUCUUGAGCAAUGUAACCCCAAAGCAGCAGCCACUGACAAGGAGUCUCAUGCAAAUGCCAGAAUUCUUUCCAGGCUGCCUGAAGAGGUGAUGAUGCUCAAAAAAAGUGCCUUCAAAAAACUAAUUAAGUUCUACAGUGUGCCAAGCUUUCCGGAGUGUAGCAUUCAGUGUGGCCUUCAGCUGCCUUGUUGUCCUCUGCAAGCCAUUGUUUAACAAGUACAAGAGAUUGGUCCUUAAGACCUCUCCAGGUAG